AUGGGGGCAGUGAUGUCGAGAUUCUGGUUCAUGUUAUUCCCUGCUAAAGAGUAUAAGAUUGUUGUUGUUGGGUUGGAUAACGCUGGUAAAACUACAACCCUUUAUAAAUUGCAUCUUGGUGAGGUUGUUACUACCAACCCUACUGUUGGCAGCAACGUCGAAGAGCUCGUUUACAAGAACAUACGAUUCGAGGUAUGGGAUCUUGGCGGACAAGAAAGACUCCGGACAUCAUGGGCAACGUAUUACCGAGGAACUCAUGCCGUAAUUGCAGUGAUAGACAGCAGUGAUAGAGCCAGAAUCUCUAUAAUGAAGGAUGAACUCUUUAGGCUGCUGAGUCAUGAAGAUUUGCAGCAUUCUGUCAUCCUUGUCUUUGCUAAUAAACAAGAUAUCAAAGAUGCUAUGACUCCUGCUGAGAUUACUGAUGCACUUUCUCUUCACAGCAUCAAGGAUCAUGAUUGGCAUAUACAAGCUUGCAGCGCCCUCUCAGGAGAAGGCCUUUAUGAUGGUCUGGGUUGGAUUGCCCAGCGAGUAACUGGCAAAGCAUGA